AUGAAUGCCCAAUCACCUGGUGCAAACAGUACAGAUUUAGUUUUAUUUACAAAUGUGACGAGUAUGGAAAUGGAAUUUCUAAAUGCAUCAUCGACUUCCAUAAGCAAAGCAGAAUAUGCUGUACUGGCUAUUUUCAUGUUCUCCAUUUUUCUGGCUGGAGUUCUUUUCAACGGAGUAUUUGUAUACGUGUUUUUAGUCCACAGCAAGUUGAAAACAAGACCAAACAUACUACUGAUAGCACUGUGUAUUUCAAGUUUUCUCAUUGCAUCGUUGGCUAUUCCUUUUGUUGGGGCAUCAGCGAUUUCAGGAAAAUGGCUGUUUGGGCAUUUUGGAUGUGUAUUCCACGGGUUCAUAGUUACCGCACUCGGGUUGACCCAAAUCGCGAUUUUGACUGUACUCUCGUUUGAAAAGUACAUAGUGAUUGUAAAAUGUCACUGGUCACACCUUGUCACACAGUCAGCAACUCUUCUUCUUCUGUUUGGAUGUUUUAUGUACGGAUUUCUUCUAGCAGCAUAUCCCUUGUUGGGAUGGAACAGAUAUACCAUUGAAGGAGCAAAUAUAUCGUGCUCAAUAGACUGGACCGCUCGAAGUCCAGUCGACUUAUCAUAUAGUGUGUGCCUUUUAAUAUUGGGUCUGGGGUUUCCACUAGCAGUGAUGUCCUAUGUCUACAUCAGUAUUCUGGUCCUGAUUAAAAAGCAAAGGUCGAUAUCACAGAAAUACAAAGGAUUUCAGCAUCAUCAGCGAGCUAGCCGGAGGGACGUUAAAGUGAUGAAAACCAUUUUUCUCCUUGUCUCUGCAUUUCUUUUAUCAUGGAUACCAUACUCUGUGUUUGCCAUGACGUCAAUACUCGGAUAUGCAGAUGAUGUUCAUCCUUUUGUUGGAACUCUACCAUCCCUUUUCGCGAAAGCUUCGAUCAUAUGGAAUCCCCUAAUAUACGUAUGUAGGAACAGGACUUUUAAACGCGCUUUAUUCGACACGUUUCCGUAUUUGUUAGUGUUUUAUAGGUGCACACAUCGAUGUCGGCGACAUGAAUCAGGAGAGGUUGCUAACGAAUCCACCAAGAUGGUGGACUUACAGGCUCCGAUGUCAUUGUCGUCUCAGAAAUCCGAGAGCAAUUGUGAUGACAAUUCCGGUUCAUAUGCACGUGGAGUAGAUUUACAAGGAAAUGAAUGUGUGACUGUAACUUUAUGA